AUGGUGUGGCUCAUGCUAACGCCUCUUCUUCGACAUCUUCGAUUGGUAAUCGAGAUCCACGAAUUCCACUUUCAUCCAAUGCUUGAAAUUGAAAUAAAAGAGAAACUCGUUCCAUACGUACAGUAUAAUGGUUGUCGCAACCGGAAGUAUGUGCAAGAUUACGGGAUAAGAACACCGGUGGAACAGUGCCAUAUGAACGAUAACGAUUGUCGUAUUAUCAUCAUCCAAGUGUCCAAGCCUGUUCUGAAGAAGACUUUGAAGAAGACUCUGAAAAAGAAGACGACUGAAUGUGUUAUAAGAAUAAGAACGAGAAUAUUGAACGACAUGGAGUCAAGGUUGGUUAUAAAGCUGCAUUAAUGUUGUAAUUUUAUAGCACGACCUUUUGCUACAGGGAAACGAGUAGGUAUCGUUGACAAGGUUUAAAUUAAAGCGUAGGUGGAGCUUUCCUAUUUUUCGCACGAAUGUUCCAAGAAAAGAUAUUAACAGUAGAACUGCCAGAAUAAUGAAAAUAACUGAUUCGUAAUUUUUCAUUAGAGAUAUUACAGACUUAUGAUUUCUUGGGAUUUGAACAAUUCUUUCACAAAUUAUGCAAACUAAAU